GGCAGUGGGCAGCGAGCGGCCGUCAAAACAGCCAUCAGACUUGUUGUGAGUUAGGAAGCUUACUUAGACUUGUUCAUUAAGUAAUCCCCGCUAAUGUUGAAGACUGGUGAAGCGUGAGUGUCUGGUAAGACGACUUCAAGAUGAUGCCUGCUCCAGAUAUGCAUGAACAAAACAUUAAUAUUGGAAGUAGUACAGGAAACACAACCACUCCUAGCUCUAUUUAUAUCCCUGGAAAGGUGGUAAAUAUAGUUAAUGAAGCAGUUCCCUUCCAACUUGUUGAAAAUAGAAACUAUGAGAUGGAACCUAGGUCUUAUCCCUUGCCUGUGCAUAAUAUCAUCCCAGGAUCUGGAUAUAGACUUCCAUCUCAAAGUAGUCUGGUACAAGAUUACAUUACAGAGGCAGAUUUAUAUAGAUCAAGAUUGGAUAGAAAUUACAACAUGUCAUUUAAUAUCUCUUGCGUAAAUUGUGGCAAUUCAGGUAUGAUCGGUUUUCCUAGACAGUUAUUUGGACAUCGGAAUGCAGGUUGGCAACAACCAGAUUUGAUUGACCCUGUGACCUAUGCAUCAGGUAUAAACCCCUACACAAACAUGCUAGCAGGUCUGUACCCUGUCACUGUGGCACAAAAUGCUGUGAAUUCUAUGAUACCACAAACUUACUCUAACUCUUUUACAAAAAUGCAAGCUGCUCCAAACGGCAGUAUGCAACACGAACAACCUGUGUAUGCUAGAACUGCUGAGCAAAUGCCAAGAAAUCCUGAGGUACAUGACAGUCAUCUUAUGAACUCCUAUAUCUUAGAGCAAGACUCUGCAAACCUCAAUGUACAAGGCUCGAAAAACCUCAACAUACAAGACCCUAAGCACCUCAUCCUGAAAAUUCCCUCAAACAUUAACAUUAAAGAUGCCACUCGCCUAAACCUGAACAACUCGGCAAACCUCAACAUGCAAGAUGCUACGCACCUCAACUUGAAAACCCCCUCUAAUUUCAACAUGCAAGAUACUACUCGCCUUGGUUUGAAAACCCCUGUAUACCUCAACACAAAAGAUGCCACACACCUCAUCUUGAAAACCCCCUCUAAUUUCAACAUGCAAGAUGCCACUCACCUCAACUUGCAAAGCUCAAGAAACCUCAACAUACCUAAUUCAAAAUACCAGAACUUGCAAAACUUGGCUGACGUCAACCUGCAAGAUGCCUCAUACCUCAAUUUGCCAAGCUCGGCAAACGUCAGCUUAACAAAGAGUAUGGUGACUAGGCCUGACAUCAACAUUAUGCAGUUAAUAGAUGCAAAGGCUCCAGGUCAAGAAAUGAAACAUUCCACAACAACAGAUGGGAUAUUGGAAGCACGAAUUAGCAAUGAAUAUCAGUCUUUAUUAGAAAGUGAAGAAGGAAAUGAAAAUAAGAUGUCUCUAUCAUCUGAGGCAUUGGCUCUUAGAUGCCAAGAAUAUCCUGCCCAGGGCAAAAAUACAAUGCACCAUAUUAAGAAUAAAACCAGAAAACUAAAGAAGAAGAAGAAGAAGAUGGAGGAGGUGAUGGCUAAGGAAUGUAAUGAGAAAGUAAUUACACACCAUACAGGUGAAUAUUCUUCGAAGUUGGUUCAAGACAUGUCUAGUAAUUCAGAUACCAUGUUGGAUGUAGUAACAGAAGUGGCUGCAAGCACUGGCAAAGACAUUUUGUGUGAUGUUCCACAAAAACGGAAGAAUGUUGUAAUGGACCAGUGCAAGAAGUUCAUUCGCAGUGGCCGUGGAAGAUAUGACCUACGCUUUCAGCGGGAACUCGAUGCUGAAAAUAACAAUACUUUGAACUUGACUCCAGAUAUCAUGGUAAUGUUGGUCUUUCUUUUCUUGGGAGUUGUACACAACAGUAGUCAUUCAGAAUAGUACAGAUUUUGUACACUUAUAAAUAUUAAAAACCAUUACAGAACAUUC